AUGUCGACUGAGCCAAAUUUGUUCGGUUUGAAACGGAGCGGAUCCCAAUGGCAGGCCCGAAUAAAUCAUGGAGGCCAAUGCAUUGUUCUCGGUAACAGGAGUACUGCAGAAGAUGCUGCCAGGCUGUAUGACAGGGCGGCAUACAAGUUCAGGGGACCCGAAGCUCCAUUGAACUUCGGCCUCACGGUUGAGCAGAAGGCUGAACUCGACGCCAAGUCGGAGCUUCAGUUCCGGGCCUCCCUUGCCAAAGAAAACCUCCUGCUCAAGAUGGGCCGCGGGUCGUCGCGGUUUAUGGGUGUGAGCUGGGACAAGUCAAAACAGAAAUGGAAAGCGUGUGUCAAUAAAGAGGGGAAAACGACCAAUCUUGGCGUUUUCCGGACGGAGGAAGAGGCAGCCCGGGCGUAUGAUGUGGCUGUUAUUGAGAGAGAUGGCCCGGAUGCGAUGACCAAUGCUAGGUUCUUCAGUGGCGAUUUCAGCAGCGUGGCUCCUGUGGGAAGCGCCCGCCCGCAGGUGGCUCGUGCGCUGGGCAGCGGGAGGGCAGAGGCGCAGGGUGGCGGCGAGGGGGCUGGUUUGGAGCGGAAGUCACGUGGCGGCCGGGGCGGAUCAGCCAGACGUCGCAAAGCAGCAGAUUCAGGUGAAGGGACUACGUCUGAGGAGGAGGAAGAGGAAGCUGAGGAGGAGGAUGAAACAGAGGAGGAGACGGAUGAGGAAGAAGAGUACGAAGAGGAGGACGAGGAGGAGGAGGAAGAGGGAGGAGAGGAAGACGAGGAGGAGGAGAGUGAAGGAGAGGGAGGGGAAUCAGAGGAGAGGGGAAGUGAUGAGGGCGAGGGGGAGGGUUGUGGGCACGCGGAUGUGGAAACAUGUGAAUCUGAUGACACCCAAAUCCCCACGCCCUGGGGUCCCGUGGACCUCGAGUGCAUGCCUGGGUGGAUGAUAUCUGCUCUAGAAGAUUACGAAGAGGGACAGGAGGAAGAGGAGGAGGAAGAGGAGGAGGAAGGAGAAGAGGAGGGGGAUGAGGGUGGAGAGGAGGGAGGUUCGGGGGAAGCAGGAGUGGACCAGCCAAUCGCAGCUCACACCACCAAAACCAAGGCAGAGGAACGCAGCGGCAAGAAAUCCGGAUUCUCCACCUUCCCAUCGCCUGCAAUGCGCAGCUGCGACGACCCGGGCUACCGGCAGCGCGCCGCAGCACGCAGGGAGAAAGCCAAACAGGAAGCUCUGGAGCGGCUUGUGUUCCAGCUAGGCCUAAUGGCGGAACUGGGGCUCAUCAAGCCUCUGACCAUCUCCACGGAGCAGCUCCUGGCGAACUGGGGCCUGAGCCAAACGCAUGUUGAUGCAUGGGAUGAGGAGAUGGGGCGGAAGAGGAAGGACAGGGGAGGGGGUUCCAGUGGUGGGGCGCAAGGGGGGUUGGUGGUGGGAGGGAGUGGUGGGGCGGUGGGUGCUGUUGAAGGAGUGGGGGGUGGUGGGGGAGAUGCAGCAGGGGAGGGGAGUGGUAACAAGCGUAAGAUUGGGCAGGCAGGCAUUACGGUGGGGGAAGAGAACAAAAGUGCGUUGAAGAGGUUCCGUGACCGAGUGGAGGAGAUGGUAGAUAUGGAGUGGAACGACCCCACUGCUUUCGCCAACGGUCGUAACUACGCCGAUGCUGUUAAGGACAACGAGCGAUGGGGUAACACUCCGCGUAACACCGGGUUUCGCAUUGGGCGGUGCUUGGAUCCGUUUGCUCCUCUCAAGCCUGGAGAGAUGCUUCCGGAGCAUCUGAGGACGGACCUUACCCCGGGUGAUCUGAAGCGCCGCAGGGAGGAGCUGUUUGGGCUGCAGGGCUUUGACUGGGGUGCGUUCCGGAAAGAGGCUGAGGAGGACGAGAGGAGGAAGGCUGAGGGAGAGAGGGCUGAGCGAGAGGAGGUUGAGGGGGAGGAGGCUGCGAAGGGUGGAGGGGAGGGAGGAGACGUGAUCCAGAGUGGGUAUGGUGGUGGAGAGGCGGGCGGAGAGGCGGGUGCAGGCGAGGGGCCUGACUGGGCUGCACUGAGUGCGAGGGCGAGUGCAGUGAUGGCACGGGCGAGGGAGGUGGGGAAGAGGAUGGAAGGAGCGCAAGCUGGUAGAGGCAGUACUGCACUGCUUGGGCCGGAAGCCAUACUAACGCUAGGUUCUUCCGUGGCGACUUCAGCAGCGUGGCUCCUGUGGGGAGCGCCCGCUCGCAGGCGGCUCGUGCGCAGGGCAGCGGGAGGGCAGAGGCGCAGGGUGGCGGUGAGGGGGUGGGUGUGGAGAGGAAGACGCGUGGCGGCCGGGGCGGAUCAGCAAGGCGACGCAAAGCAGGAGACCACGUCUGAAGAAUACCAAGAGGAGGAAGAGGGAGGAGAGGAGGAGGAUGUCGAAGGAGGGGCGGGAGGAUCAGAAGAAGCAGGAUUGAAACAUUCAAGGAAAGCGCGCACCAACAAGACCAAGGCAGGGAAACAUAGCAGCAAGAAAUCCCCGCCUUCCUCCUUAACAUCGCCCUCCACUCGCACCACUGAUGACCGGAGCUAUCGGCAGCGGGCGGCGGCACGAAUGAAGCCUUCACAGAUUGCCGGAUUGGCUACCAAACCAAAGCUUGUCGGAGUGAGAUUGAUGAAAUCCCGUUGGAAGGUCGAGCUAUGUCAUGGAGGCGAAGUGCAUCAUAUCGGUUGCAGGAGCACUGCAGAGGAGGGUGCUAGGCUCUACGACAGGGCGGCAUACAAGCUCAAGGGUCCCGAAGCUCCACUCAAUCUUGGCCUCACAGAUAAGCAGAAGGCCGAGCUUGAUGCUAUGUCCGAGCUUCAGUUCAGGGCCUCCAUUGCUAAAGAAACCCUCCUGCACAAGAUAAGCCACUGGUCGUCGCGGUUCACAGGCGUGGGGUGGGAGAACAAAAGUAAAAAAUGGGUAGCACACAUUUGGCUUCAGAACAGAAAGAGGCGCAUUGGCUAUUUUCCUACGGAAGAAGAAGCAGCCCGGGCGUACGACGUGGCUGAGAUGGAGAGAGAUGGCCCGGAUGCGAUGACCAAUGCUAGGUUCUUCAGUGGAGACUUCAGCAGCGUGGCUCCUGUGGGGAGCGGCCGCCCGCGAGUGGCUCGUGCGCUGGGCAGCGGGAGGGCAGAGGCGCAGGGUGACAGUGAGGGGGCGGGUGUGGAGAGGAAGACACGUGCCGGCCGGGGCGGAUCAGCCAGACGUCGCAAAGCAGAUGAGGACACCCCGGUUGAAGAAUAUAAGGAGGAGGGAGAGACAGAGGAGGAGACGGGUGAGGAAGGAGGGUCUCAGGAGGAGGAAAAGGAGGAGGGGGAGGAGGAGGAGAAGGAGGAGGGGGAGGAGGGGGAGGAGGCGGAGGAGGAGGAGAAGGAGGAGGGGGAGGAGAAGGAGGAGGGGGAGGAGGAGGGAGGAGGAGGAGGAGGAGGAGGAGGAGGAGGAGGAGGAGGAGGAGGAGGAGGAGGAGGAGGAGGAGGAGGAGGAGGAGGAGGAGGAGGAGGAGGAGGAGGAGGAGGAGGAGGAGGAGGAGGAGGAGGAGGAGGAGGAGGAGGAGGAGGAGGAGGAGGAGGAGGAGGAGGAGGAGGAGAAGGAGGAGGAGGUGGAGGAAGGCGAGGUUCAGGAGGGGGAGAAUAUGAUGCCUGGGAUGGGGAAAUGGGGCAGAAGAGGAAGGACGGAGGGGGUGAGGGUGGCGAGGGGGAACAAGAAGGGAUGGGGCUGGGAGGUAGUUGUGGGGCGGUGGGGGCUGGUGGAGGAGUGGGGGGUGGGGAUGCGGAUGCAGCAGCGGAGAGGAGUGUUGGCAAGCGGAAGGUUGGAGACGCAGGUAUUGCAGCUGGAGAGGAAAACGGCUGCGUUUUGAAGCGGCUUCAGGAUCUGCCUUCGGAAGCAUUUGGAGGAGAUUUUGGGGAUGGGAUGGACGAAAUUGUGGAUAUCGAGUUGAUUGAUUGA